UAGUGGAGGAAUAUCCCAACCUGUCCCACCACCAGUUAAAGAACUGUGAAAAAGAGACGACGGAUUGUUCUGCCGUGUUACUGCCCUUUCACACUGUUGAUACUUUGCUCGGCGAAGAUGACGUCGUCGCUUACGGAGCUUGACGAUGAUUUGGUUCGCUGCAUGUCCAUAGGAGCCGUCUUCUCCGAAUUCGGUGGGAAGAUACAUUCCAUUGAUUUCCAUCGAAAGGAUGAUUUACUUGUCACGGCAAGUGAGGAUGACUCAGUUCGACUUUAUGACAUCGCUAAUGCCAAGUUGCUGAAGACUACUUCUCAUAAGAAACAUGGUACAGAUAGGAUAUGCUUUACUCAUCAUCCAAGCUCUGUUAUAUGCUCUUCAAAAUACAAUUUGGAGUCUACUGGAGAAUCAUUGCGAUACUUAUCAAUGUAUGAUAACCGAUGCAUAAGAUACUUCAAAGGGCACACACAGAGGGUUGUUUCUCUUUGCAUGUCUCCAAUCAAUGAUAGCUUCAUGUCUGGUUCUCUAGACCACAGUGUCAGGAUAUGGGAUCUUCGAGUAAAUGCUUGCCAGGGCAUCUUACGUCUACGUGGUAGACCUGCUGUGGCAUAUGACCAACAAGGCCUUGUCUUUGCUGUAGCAAUGGAAGGGGGGGCUAUUAAAUUAUUCGAUUCUCGUUCUUAUGACAAGGGUCCAUUUGACACCUUUCUAGUUGGUGGUGACACAGCUGAAGUUUGUGAUAUCAAAUUCAGUAAUGAUGGCAAAUCAAUGCUUUUAACUACUACUAAUAACAAUAUUUAUAUUCUUGAUGCAUAUGGAGGAGAAAAGCGUUGUGGGUUUAGUUUGGAAGCAUCUCCUGGUACUCCUAUAGAGGCUACUUUUACCCCAGAUGGGAAAUACAUGGUGGCAGGCUCAGGAGGUGGAACCAUGCAUGCUUGGAGUAUUCAGACGAAGAAUGAGGUUAAGAACGGGUUCAAAUUCCAACCCACUAAAAGUCGUAGGGUUGUCUAUCCUUGCUCACGUACACACACGAGACUAACGUUGAGGUCCUGCCACCGCGCCAGAUACGUUGAUGACAUAAGAGUCGUCGCCGUGAGUAGCCACCGAGGGACGCAUUGUUGUCGCAAUGUCUUUCGGCUUCUUCUCGCUCAUCACUGGAGGAAUUGCACCGCUAGGCAGCGAGAGGGGUCACCGCGAGAGGCGCCGUCGCGAGAGUCGCUACAGCAAGAGAGCCGUGAGAGGUGCCACAACGAGUAGCAUCUCUACCAAUGAAUGCUACGAUUCGGGGCGAUUCAUGCAAUUUGGAGAUCGAAUCGUACUAUACGAACACGAUACAGGAGCCAAAACGAGUCUUCAAGCGAUUCGUAUC